UUUUUUUUUUUUUUUUUUGACUGAAAAGGUGGAGAAGUGUAGUUUUGUCCUUUUAUAAUGAAUGUAAGUGUGGAGUAUGCAUUUCUUAGGGCAAAUCAACUUCGGAGGGGUGUUUUGUGUCUCUUAUAUGCUUUUAAAUUUACCCAAUAGAGGUUGAAGCAUUGCUCCAUGAGGGUAUAAACUAGGUAAUUUCAAGCAUCCUGGUUGGUAAUUUUUCAGUUAAACGUUUCCUUUUAUCGGCUGACAAGGUGGAGAAGUGUAGUUUUGUUCUUGUAUAAUGCAUGUAACCGUAGAGUAUACGUUUCCUAGAGCAAAUAAACUAUGGAGGGGUGUUUUGUGUCUAUUAUAUGCUUUUAAAUUUACCAAUAGAGGUUGCAGCAUGGCUUGAUGAGGGUAUAAACUAGGAAAUUUCAAGCAUCCUGGUUGGUAAAUUUUCAGUUAAACGUUUCCUUUUAUUCGGCUGAAAAGGUGGAAAAGUGUAGUUUCUUCCUUUUAUAAUGACUGUAAUAGUGGAGUAUACGUUUCCUAGAGCAAAUAAACUACGGAGUAUCUGUAAUGCAGACAGGUGGCAUAUCAGACGACUCUUCUUUUGGUCAAUCUUUUUGUUGCUGUUGUCCCUAAAUACUACUCGGAUAUGAGUAUUACGAGUGAAAGUGAGGACAGUAUGACUUUGAAAGGGAAUGUAAAUUCGCCAUCCGUUGAAGAAGCUACUGGUGGAGCUAAUGCUGGAGGUGUACCACUAAAGAAAGGUCCCUGGACUUCUGCAGAAGAUGCAAUUUUAAUGGAAUAUGUAACAAGACACGGAGAGGGAAACUGGAAUGCUGUGCAGAAACAUACGGGGCUAGCUCGUUGUGGUAAAAGCUGUCGUUUAAGGUGGGCAAAUCACUUAAAACCGGAUUUAAAGAAAGGUGCAUUCACUCCAGAAGAAGAACACCGUAUUAUUGAGCUCCAUGCUAAAAUGGGAAACAAAUGGGCACGAAUGGCUGCCGAGUUGCCUGGUCGUACUGAUAACGAGAUUAAAAACUAUUGGAAUACUAGAAUCAAGAGAAGGCAACGAGCAGGCUUGCCAAUCUACCCUCCGGAUGUCCAUUUGCAAGCCAUACACGAGAGCAAUCAAAAUGAGGAUAUGAGCACAUUCUCGACUGGGGAUACACAGCAUUCCAAUCUUCUGCAAGUGAACUAUUUUGAGAUCCCCGCUGUGGAAUUCAAAAAUUUGGAACUAAAUCAGCAGUUGCAUCCGCAAUCACCACUUGAUAUCCCCGCAAGUAGCUUGUUGGCACAAGGUCUAAAUUCUUCAUACGGUCCAAGACCUUUCUUCUCAACUAUGAACCCUUCCAAACGUCUCCGAGGACCAGAUUCCUUGUUCACGGGUUUAAGUUCCAACGACAGUGAUAUUUUCACAGCCUUUGGUCCAUAUCAGAAUGACACUUGUAUGCAGGUUUCUCAAUCCUCUGGGUUUUCUUCUGGAUACUAUCAAAAUCUGGAUCCUGAUCACCCAUCGUUAUCGUGUGUAAUUCCUGGCAGCCAUGCCUCUUUAAAUAGCAACUCCUCUUCUUUAGAGCCCGCAUGGGCAAAGAAGCCGGAGCUCCCUUCACUCCAAAGUCAGAUAGUUAGUUGGGAUUCACCUUCCUCCCCCCUUCCUUCACUAGAGUCUGUAGAGACUUUGAUUCAGUCGCCUCCCACUGAGCGUUCUGAAUCAGGUAAUGUUUCUCCAAGAAACAGUGGCCUUCUGGAAGCAGUGCUUUACGAGUCACAAACUUUGAAGCAUUCCAAGAACACUUUACCUCAGCAGAAUUCCGGUGCUUCCAUCAUACCCAGUGACAUCGUGGAUAAUACAUUUCCAGAUUUCCACGAGACAGAAUGGGAAGGAUAUAGUGACCCAAUCUCUCCAUUAGGUCAUUCUGCUGCAUCAGUUUUCAACGAGUACACCCCCAUCAGUGCAAGUUCAUUAGAAGAGCACCAGUCAGUUGAGAUGCUAGCAGGAUGCAAAUUUACACAAGAGGAUGCUCCCUUGGCCCCAAUGCAAUGCGAUGACAAGGACGAUGCAUUGAACCAGAUUUUCUCCAGACCAGACUUCUUGCUCGACUCAAACUGUUUCGGUCUCAAGACUGACCUCAACUAAGUGCAGUUCUGUACCAAAUAUGCAUUUGGACCAUUCUGUUUGCUUUAGCAGGAACUGCACGCGAGGGAGCCCUCCUUGUCAUGUGCCACUGUGCAAACAUCGUGCAUGGGUUGUGCACUAUGAUUGCCCAUGCACGAUGAUUUUCUUGAAAUUCCAAGAAAAUUUUAGUUUCAAAGCCUUCAGGGACACCUUAUUUUUGUUACUAUAAUAAGAUCCUCUUGUGUUUGAACUCUACAAUGAUAAUGUAGUAUUUGCAUUCAACAGGUUAGCUGGCAACUUGUGUCUUUUAAAAUCUUCUCCUGAAACUUAAAAAAGGGCCAGAAAAACAAUAUAAAUUCUUGUCUGUAACAGUACUUGUGCCUGAAGAUUUAUGAUGAUCAUAAAGGUCAGAGAGACAGCUUGCAGAAGUUCUUUUUCAUUCUUUUUUUGUUUGUU